AUGCGUCACGGCGGAGGCGCUGCUGCUGUUAGCAACGCGCACAAGCCCAUUAACCCCAAGGCAACCCAUCCCCGAUCGAUCCUUUCCCUGCACCCAGCCUCCCGCCCCAAGCCGCUCGGAGAGGCGUCCGAGCAGCUCCGCCAUUUCCGAGAACUGAAGCAGAAGGGCUUGGAGCAUCCCCUGCCUUGCACCCACCCACCGGCCCCACACAAAGGGAAAAGGCAGAGGAGUAGCUGGGGAAGGAUGGUGAAACUAGGGAAUAAUUUCAGUGAGAAGAGCACAAAGCAGCCCCUCUUGGAGGAUGGAUUUGACACUAUCCCCUUGAUCACACCCCUGGAUGUCAAUCAGCUACAGUUCCCGCCUCCUGAUAAGGUUGUGGUCAAAACAAAAACAGAAUAUGAACCUGAUCGCAAGAAAGGAAAAUUUCGUACCCCCAAGAUAGCUGAAUUCACAAUCAGCAUCACUGAAGGAGUUUCGGAAAGAUUUAAGGUAACUGUUCUGGUCCUUUUUGCCCUUGCGUUCCUAACAUGUGUUGUAUUUCUAGUAGUCUACAAGGUUUACAAGUAUGAUCAUACCUGUCCAGAAGGAUUCGUUUUCAAGAAUAAUCAAUGCAUUCCAGUUGGAUUAGAGAACUACUACUCUGAACAAGACUCCAGCGCUCGAGGGAAAUUUUACACCGUCAUAAACCACUACAAUCUGGCCAAACAAACCAUCACACGUUCAGUGUCUCCAUGGAUGACAGUACUGUCAGAAGAGAAAUUGUCUGAACAGGAGACUGAAGCUGCUGAGAAAUCAGCUUAG